GGCUCAUUGCUGUGGAAAUCCGCCCACUGGGCAGCUGCGUGGAAGAGCCUCCCAGUGGCCAAGUGAUACCUCUCCCCGGGAGCUGGGCGUUUAACCGGUUAACCGAUGCGCAUCCGCUUGCCGGUUUCUGUUACCGUUAAACUCUUCUUCCCUGGAAGUGCAUGCUGGCUGCCAUCCCCAUGCUGUGGACCCUUAAAUUUCACAGAUUGAUGACCUACAUCUUUGUCUAUGAAGAUCUGACAUCCCUGGUAUGCAGUGCUGUUAUCAUCUGGUACUUUGCUGGCAGCUUUGAGAAGAAUGUAGGCACAGUAAAGCAUUUCUUUUUCACCUGUGCAUUUGCCAUUUCUUCAGCCUUUUUGUAUCUGUUGUUGGAGGCUGUCGUCUCUGGAGUAUCAGAGGUGGAAGAUGCCAAAGGAUUUAUACCAGUUGCUUUUGCCAUGUUGGCAGUAUCCACUACACGUUCACGGAUGAAAAGGGCACCACUCUUUGGGAUUAAUAUUCCCAUGGUGCUGGUGCCAUGGUUAGUGCUCUGCUUGGCAUGGUUUAUUCCCCACUCCUCUUUCCUGAGUAAUGUAUGUGGCCUCAUCAUUGGGAAAGUCUAUGGUCUUGGUUACUGCUUCUGUUUGGAUCUCCCAGAGUCAUUGGUAUCUAGACUGGAUCAGAAGUUCCCGUUCAGCUUGCUGAAGAGACUACCAGGGCUGAAGUAUAUUCCAGGGUCUUUAGCAGAGAGAAGAGCCUCCCAGAAUAGGAAGUUUAAUCCAGUGCCAGGGUCAUACCCCACCCAGAGCUACUAUCACUCACCUCCAGCCCUUCCUGUGGUUCAGCUGCAGCACCUCAGUGCCCAGAGCCUGGGAUCCUGGCACAGCUACACACCAGGGCACAUCCACGGCUCCCCCCCUUACCAAACCAGCCCUGCUUUUGGAAAAUUCAAUGUGCAGGGCCAGUGUGGUGCCUCCCCUGGACACUGCUGCCAACCAGCUGAUCCCCAUUUGACCCAAGGUGCGUUUCUGCCUGAUUCUCGGGUACUCACAGGGAUGGAGAAUUUGGAGGCCAAGUUUCAGCAUGCUUCAGGUUCCCUGGCAGCAAAAAUGCCAACGGAGCUUUCAGGAGUCCAGAUAGACUGAUCAUCCAAAGAGGAGCAGAACCCUUCUCCCCUCACAGGCCAUUGUGUGAGCAGCUUGCAGUGGAGAGCUGCUGAGAAAGAAGACUGCCUCAAAAGGAUUCAUCCGAUUUUAACUGAGGGUGUUUUGGAUGACUGGAAUCCACUUGCACGGUCGAUGGCAGCCUGUGGUGCAGACUGCUCAUAGACAUUUUUUCCAAUGCUCAGGGGCUUUUUUUAUUUAUACUCCUUUUUAAUUUUGAUACUUUUUUAUCUUGGCUGGGGGCUGUGACCAUUACCUGGUUGUCCCUUAUUCUUAUGUGGAUUUGUGGCUACAGACUUAUCUCUUUAUACUACAGCUAGAGUCAUGGUUACAACAGUCUUGACUCAGUGUAGUGUAGAUGGGCAUUCAUGGUCAAAACACUGAACUAGUUGGGUUUUAACCUGACAACAGAGACUGAAGUUUACAGUUGCAGUAUGACCAGGACCCAAAUGCUGGGUUUGUGGGGGCCUGCUUGUUCUGUAACUGGCACAAGUUAAAGAGCAGUGUUUAAAUGGCGAUGGGGAAGAGACAGAUGUGUUUUUACUGUUUUGCUUGGACUGGACUGAUAAGGGCAUUGUUGCAAGCCGUGUGUUGGGACAGCAAGCUGUGUGUUGGGAUGGGACAGUUUGUGGUUCUUUGUGGUGCCAUGGGAAAGUUCUGGGGCCUGUGUUAUAGAGGAGCACAGAUAAGAUGAUCAGUGGUCCUUUUUGUCUUCGGAAUCCAAGUUGAGAUGGCGGGGGCGGGAUGAAGUGAACAAUAUGGUGGCCAUGCAGAAUAGCAGCUGCAACAUCUGCUAGAGUCUCUAGUUAGCAUCAGCCACAUGGGCUCCUUUUCCCAGUCAUGUUCCCAUCACAUGGUCUCCAGAGCAGGCACCUACAGUAAUUUUUCAUACUGCCCACAAUGCCAGCUUUGAUUCAUGAGGCUGUCCUAAAUAUUUCCAGAAAAGGUGGGUGAAUCUUAUUUAAGGGAUUUAGGAUUUUCAAAGGGAGCAUGGGGGUAGUCUUAAACUGGUGUAUAAAAUAAUACUUUCUAAGCCUUCAGAGGGGCUUUUAAAAAUGGUCUGAAUCAAAUGGAAUUUAACUCUAACCAUUCUGAGCAGUAUUUGAUGAGCUUUUACAAUGGUCUUUGGUGCCAGAGUUAGCAUCAGAGACAGCUAACAUAAGUGGAGUUUGUGGACAGUAUCUGCUAGUUACAUCAGGGUGCUGGGACUCAAAAGAUCUGUGUUCUGGUUCCUAGCUCUGUCACUUCUCACUGUAUGACUCUGGAUGAAAAGUCCAUUCAUCUGUUUGUUUCCCCAUCUCUAAAAUAGGGAUAAUUUCUGGCUCCUAGCGGGAGAUGAAAUUUGCUUCAUGUUUUAAGAUGUGUUGAAGUACUUAGAAAAGGUGUUUUAUGAAAUGCAAACUGUCAUCAUAAUUCAGAGUGCCUGACAUUGCUUACGCCUUACUCCUUAAAAAAUGAGGUUUAAAAGUUAUUUUGAAAGACGGGUUUUUUUCGA